AUGACGAGCCAUCUCGACGGCAAAGGCAUCGAUGCGCCCGUAUCGAAGUCCUUCGAGGACCCCGAGCCCAACAAACUGCAGGGCUAUGGAUCUGCCCCCGGCGUCAUUGACGAUGUGACUCGCGUCGUUGACCACAAGGCUGAACGUCGUCUUUGCCGGCGAUUCGACAUUCGCUUGCUUCCAAUCUUGGCAAUAAUGUAUCUGUUCAACGCCCUCGACAAGGGAAACCUGGGAAAUGCACAAACCGAUGGGAUGUCAAAAGAUCUUCACUUCAAGCCUAAUCAGUACAACCUCUUGCUCUCGAUCUUCUUCGUGCCCUUUGUGGUGUUUGCGCCCCCUUUGUCCAUGCUCGGGAAGAAGUUCAGCCCAGCGCGCGUCUUGCCCAUCUUGAUGUUCACGUUUGGCGCGUUCACCAUGCUGUCCUCAGCUGCGUAUAACUUUGGCGGACUGUUUGCCCUGCGCUGGUUUCUGGGCAUGGCUGAAGCGGCUUUUUUCCCGCUGGUCAUUUACUAUCUGACGACCUUUUAUCGGCGUGGAGAGCUGGCCCGACGAUUGGCCGUUUUUUAUGCCGCCUCCAAUAUCGCCAAUGCCUUCUCGGGACUCAUUGCCUUUGGAGUGUUCCAGAUUAAGGGGUCAAGUAUUCCCAACUGGCGAUACCUCUUCAUCAUUGAAGGCGGAGUGACGGUGACCUUCUCCGUCUUCGCGUUCUUCUAUCUGCCAAGAAGUGCGGCCGAGGCGAGGUUCCUCUCUGAUGAUGAGAAGGCGCUCGCCUUCCACCGGAUCCAAGUGGAUUCCAGUGCAGUCGUGAAUGAGAAAUUCCGUCUUCGGGAAGCCCUGGGCAUCUUCAAACACCCCACCACCUACGCCUUCCUCGCCAUCGAAAUCUGCCUAGGGGUGCCCUUGCAGGGCGUCGCACUGUUUAUGCCCCAGAUUGUGGCUCGUCUCAACUUGGGAACUGUCAAAACGAACCUGUAUACUGUGGCACCUAACGUGACGGGGGCGGCGAUGCUGCUGGUCUUAGCAUUCUGCUCGGAUUUCACGCGAUUGCGUUCCCCAUAUAUUGUGCUGGGUUUCCUUCUGACUUUCUCGGGGUUCAUGAUCUACGCCUCUAUUAACGAUGUCCAGGCAGAGCUGCAUCUGGCAUACUUUGCCACUUUUAUGAUGACCUGGGGCACAUCGGCACCCUCGGUGCUGCUCAGUACGUGGUAUAACAACAACAUUGCCCACGAGGGUCGUCGAGUCUUGUUGACCAGUAUCGGCGUCCCCCUGGCCAACUUGAUGGGCCUUGUCGGGAGUAACGUAUUCCGAGAGCAGGACGCGCCUAAGUACAUGCCUGCUUUGAUCACGGUCGCCGCGUUUGGUGCCACGGGCGCCUGUUUGGCGGGUUUGCUAGGACUAUACAUGUGGCUGGAUAACAAGCGUCGAGAUCGACGAGAUGGAGUCACUGUUCGGGCACGGGAUAUCCCCACAGACCGCAUGAGAGACGGCCCCUCUUCCCCAGAGUUCCGGUGGUUCCUAUGA